GGUAGAAAGUGCAGCUGUUCUCAUCAUAAGCAGUAUUAUUGAGCGGUAAACACACGGGGACCAGUGCGUUUAAAACAGGUUUCCGAGGGGACGCUGACGCUCAGCUUAUCUGGACAAGACUGAAGUUCAACAUGAUAACUCAACAUUAGCAAAACACCCAUAUUUAUUUUUAUAUAUGUAGUUUUUUUUUUUUUUAAAUAUAUUUUAAGUGAGCCUGGCCACGUGUGGGUGUAUUUAUAAGGGUUGUGUUGAGGUUUUUGACUACUUUGCGGUAGAAUGCAGGGCUGUGGUUCCCCCCGGAGGACCGGCGGCAGCAGCGGGGCGGCGGCGCUGCUGUGGCCGCUGCUCGGUGCGUGUCUCUGGGCUGCGGGGACCGGCUACAAGCCGGUCAUCAUCGUCCACGGCUUGUUCGACAGCUCCGCGGCUUUUAAGAACUUACAGCGGUUCAUCAACGAGUCUCAUCCGGGGACGAAUGUGACCAUCAUCGACCUGUUUGACCGAAGCGCCAGCCUAGAACCCUUGUGGAAACAGGUGGACGGAUUCAAGGACGCCAUUUACCCAAUAAUUCAAAACGCAGCAGACGGGGUCAACUUUAUCUGCUACUCUCAAGGUGGACUAGUUUGUCGAGGGAUCCUCUCCACUCUGCCCGAUCACAACGUGCACUCGUUCAUCUCUCUGUCCUCCCCUCAGGCAGGCCAGUAUGGAGACACAGACUACUUAAAAUACGUCUUCCCCAAGUUUAUGAAGUCAAACCUCUUUCACAUCUGUUACACUGCUCUUGGUCAGAAGAUAUCCAUCUGCAACUACUGGAACGAUCCCCACCACAGAGACCUGUACGUGAACAGCAGCGACUAUUUGGCUUUGCUCAACAGCGAGAAGCCAAAUCCAAAUGCAACAGAGUGGAAGAAGAACUUCCUCAAAAUCCAGAAGCUGGUGUUGAUUGGUGGACCGGAUGACGGAGUCAUCACUCCCUGGCAGUCGAGUCAGUUUGGGUUUUAUGACGACAAUGAGACGGUUGUUGAGAUGCAGCACCAAGAUCUGUUCUUGAGAGAUGUUUUCGGUCUGAAGACGCUGGCAGCUCGUGGAGAUCUGAUCCUGUGCUCCGUUCCGGGCGUCCCUCACACGCAGUGGCACUCCAACGAGACCGUGUUCCACACAUGCUUGGAGAAGUGGCUGGUGUAGAACCAGCAACUCCACACACACACCCUUUGCAGUUUAUUAAGCUCUCAGCUUCUUAUAUUUAGGAAUCAUCACUUCCACAAUCCUUGAAUACUCACAAGCAUCUGUGAGAGUAUUCUUGAGGAUGAAAUCUAGUUUUACUUUUUUUCUUGUUGCUUUUCUCCAGAGAUCAAACAGUUAUUUUAGGAUUUUUUUUUCAGUAAUCUCUGAGAUUGUUUGGCUUUUUUGUUAGAUAAAUACAGAUUAUUUAUGCUCAUCUAAUAAGCUACCAGCUUAUAUUUAAAGGACUAGUUUGGUGAUUUCAGGGGUUGAGGCUUGGAGAAGGAGGUGGAUAUCUCUCUAAGUCUGUUCUCUGAAUAAGAAAGAGCAGUCAUCAACUUUUAUUUUCAGUAACUGAAUCUUCCUACCAUCAACUCAGAACUACUGUACUUGUUUAUUUGUGUAGGUUUAGUUGCAAUUUGCCCAAACUGUAAAACUUCAGAGGAUGAGCUUAAAAGUGGUCAUAAGCAUUCAUUUUAUAUCAUUAUUAUAUAUAUUUUUUCAUAGCCAGGGUCAUUACCUUCCCCCUUGUUUCCAUCCGUACGCUGUCUGAGCCAGCUGGAGCUUCUGUUUUCAGACUUUGACUAAAGUCGGAGUUUGCAACAUAAAUACCCCACUUCUUCUUUUAAAGUUUUUCCUAUCAGGAAAAAAUAAAUAAAAAUCUAGCAAGGCCCUGAGAACUAGCAGAAAACUAAAUGUAUAUAGUGAUUAAGGCGUGCUGCCGCAGAUGUGAGAAAUGGCUGGAGACAAGUAGUUGUGCAUUUAGUGUUGUUACAUUCAGAAUUCCUCGACGCCUUCAGGUCACAUCUGUAGGUUUUUAAGGGUUUUAACCCGUAUAGGUUGUUAUUUUGCUUUGAUAAAACAACCCAAGUUUUAAGAAGCACCCCAGCAAUUCUCUGCUGGUCGUGGAAAAUACUUUUGUAUUUUCAAAACUGGUAAGAAACAGAUUAAUAAUCAAAAAAGAUUUCAGCAAACAAUGAUAUGUCUAGCUCUUGCAAAUAAAUUGGGGUUGAGCCACCCCUAAUUAGGAUAAUAGGAAACAUUUGAUGUUUUAUAUUAUUUUAUUUUAUUAUUUUUUUUACUGUUUGUGAUCACAAGACUAAAUCCUUAAAUAUUACCCAUGGUAAGCAGUAACGCCAAAUGCAGACCGUCUACUGUUAUUGUAGCUGCUCACAAUGAGAGGAGAUAAUCUCAUUGUAAAAAAAACUAAAUUUUGACUCAUAUUUUUAGACCGAUUGAGAGCAAAAAGUGAUUACCGUAAUUCCCAGACUAUUGAGCGCUAUAUAAGCCGCACCCACUAAAUUUUAAAACAAAACAGAUUUUGUACUUGUAUAAUUAUUAAAUAAUUAUCAUUAUAAAAUAUUGUCUAUAAGCCGCAGGUGUCCACGAGGCUAAAUGUAUUGACUGCAUGAAGCUCGUCACUCCCUUAAAAUUCAUAAAUUAGCCACAUUGUUGCCGCAGGGUUCAAAGCGCGUAACUAAAGUAGCGAUUCAUAGUUGGGAAAUUACAGUACUUACUAAGUUUACACUUACUUUUCUAAACUAGGUGUGAACUUGAAUGUGUCCAACCUUUCAACUUUAAUAUUCCCACUCAAGCCUUUUUGUUUAAAAGCCAGACGAACCUCAUUUUAUUCACUGUUACUAAAACGUGGCCCCACAAAUUUUACGGGCUGAGUGUGAGUUUGGGAACCACUCCAAAGUUAAAAACAAUUCAGUGACUGCAACCUUUUGCAGAACCAACCUUUAAACCA